GUGGAAAAGCUAAGGCAGAGCCAGACCCAUAACGGGUUCUUCCCCAGUCACGUUGACAGGCCACAAAGUGGUAAAAGAUACAACAACAAUGUUUUUCUCAAAUGUCAUCACUCAUGCCCAGAAAGCCCACCUGUGGACAGUGAUUGUUUGCCACGAGCUUUUGGUUUUGAGUAAUAGCCAACAACUCUUUAUUGUUUGCAGAACAAUUGCACUUCCUCUAAAAGUGGGAUCCCCUCUACUGAUGGGAUUUUCACACUCACAUGUAUAAAAGCUUGUUCUUCUUCCUAUUGACAGUGCAGUCGGACAAGACACAGAAGCGUUUACAACCAUAUCAAGAUGAAGUUCAUACCUAUCAUCAUCCUUUUCCUGACUUGCUACACAAGUUGUGAAGCCAGCCAAACUGGGACUUACCUGAUACCAAAUGUGCUUAUUCUGCCAGUCAAUGAAAGUAUGUCUACGGUGAAACUGUCCUGUGGCAAUCACAGUGGUGUGAUCAGCUGGAAGCACAAUGGAAAUCCAAUGAAAGAACAUGGGGACCAGAUCACCACCGUACUGAAGCUCUUCGAUGAAGCAAACUACACCUGUCACAGCGAGACUGGGAAUGUCCUCAAUUACACUCUGGUGCUUCAACAGGGCAUUGGAUUCAGAAACAAAAUUCUGGUGAAAUCUGAGAGUUCAGACUAUAUUUUAUGUUCAGCAAAGAACUUUGAUGGAAAGUUUCAGUGCACUUGGCAGCUAGAGCGCAAAGAGGCGAAAUGUAUUCACUUUACUGUUGCUCGUUUAUCAGGAGGGUCUGAAAAUAUCACAUGCUCUUUGAAUGGAAGCACACUGAGCUGUGAGGAUAAAAGCCACUGUCCUUACGCUGAGGAACCAAGCCGUAUCUCUAUGUCUGCCUACUUCAGAAGCUAUUCCCGCUUUGAAGAAUACCACCGCCAGUUCUUCAUCUCUGAGAUAGUGAAACCAGAAAAAGUAAUCAUCACAAAAGUGGAAGAUCAUACAUUUAAGUGGGAAUACCCAGAGACAUGGAGCAAACCCCCCUGUUACUUUCAGCUCAUCUUCCAAGUGAAGGUGGUUAAGCCAAACGACCCUUGUGUCCCAGAGACACACAAUAAGGUGAAUAAGACCAUCAAUGUCAUGGAAUUCACAGUUCCUAAGAAGUACAGGAAGAGUUACAAGCUCUGCGUCCGAGCCCAAGAGGAGGCCUCUAACUCCCUAUGGAGUGACUGGAGCUCCUACAAGGUGACUCCAGGCAAAUAAGUUCACAUUCUGUGACCGUUAACAAGACAAACGUGAGUACAUUAAUAAAAGCCUUACUCUAGAUUACUAGAUUACAACAGAAUGAUUUACACAAGUUAGCUGUAUUGCAGACCUUUUGCAUUCUAAUCAUUGUGUGUUCUCACCACCAGGAGGGGCAAGAUUAAGAUGAGCACUCGUUUUCCCCAGCAGUCAUACUCCACAUACCCUACUUUACACAUAGUAUAUGCAAACCAGGAAUUUCAGCCGAUUUAUAACACAGGGGUGCUGUCCCUUGUUGUCAACAGCUGAAAUAAUCUUCUUUGUCUUGCAAAUAUUCAUUUGUGUUAUUUAUAACUUAUUUAUUUAUUUGUAAAAUAAACAUUAUAAGCAAA